AAAGAGGCAUUAAAUUAAAGAGGGUGUGAUAAAAGGUUCACAGGCAUGCUUAUUAGAUCAUUAUGUUAAAUUUAUGUAGGUUUUUACUCAGUAAAACCAAUGUAGGUUUUUGGACUUGCAUGCAGAUAGUAAAGGCAGGGCUUUUGGACUCAAGAUGAAGGUCAGUGCAUGGCUACUCAUUGCGUCAUGGCUCUACGCUUGGGCUGAGUACUCUCAGUGGUGCAAAUGUCAGGAUCUCUGUCCAACAGAACUGGAGGAUAAGAAGUCAAAGAAGGUGCAUUUUCACAAUCUGCUCGGUCACAAGCACACACUUCUCAGGAGCAGGUCCCACCACAGAAAAGGUGCCAGAGUUUGUGCUGAUGCUGUGCCACCCCGAAUUGUGCACCAUCCCUCUGAUUUGGUGGUGAAAUUGGGGAAACCUGCCACAUUCUCCUGCCGGGGUGAUGGCAAUCCAAAGCCUGUCAUUGAGUGGCUGCACAACGGCCAACCCUUGAAGAUUACAAAGGGAGAUGGCCAACUGCAGCCUUUGGUUUUGUCAGAUGACAGGCUCUUUUUCCUUAGCGUGGGCGGGAGUGGAUCUGGCCACUCACAUGAGGGUAUCUACACGUGUGUGGCCAGGAACAGUGCAGGGACAGCUAUCAGCCACAAUGCAUCCUUGCACAUUGCAGCAUUACAGGAUGUGUUUGCUGAGCAGCCAGGUGAUGUUGAAGUGGCAGAGGGGGAGGUAGCUAUAUUAAACUGUGCGCCACCAGUAGGACAUCCAGAACCUAACAUUGUGUGGAAAAAAGAUGGACUGCCAAUCAACUACACUGAUUUCCACUACACGGAGCUAAAUGGAAAGCUUAUCAUCGCUCCUGCAGAGAAGAACCACUCUGGUGCCUACGUGUGUGUGGCCAGCAACAUUAUGGGGGUGCGACAGAGCAGAGCAGCUCGUCUCACCGUGCUCUCAAGACCGAUUUUAGUCUUGAAGCCAGAAAAUGUCUCAGUGAGAAUGGGGGAGUCUGCCCAGUUUUACUGUCAGGCCAAAGGUGACCCUCCACCCGCAGUGGUCUGGAGCAGAGAACAUGGGCCACUGCCCAAUGGCAGAUAUCUCAUAAACCCAGAUCAGACGCUCCAGAUCCAUUAUGUGACAGCCCAAGAUGCUGGCAUGUACACCUGUACAGCAGUCAAUGACGUCGGUAUUGUCACUGCCGCUGCACAGCUAGAAGUUGAAGCAUCCAACACCAAACAAAAAAAUCUCCACAUAGAACUGUCUGCCCUGCGACUGGCUCUAGAAAACGUCACAAUCAUAGCCCCAGGAUCCAACAUGUCUCAAGUACAGUGGAAGCUCCAGUACCUGCCCAUCCAGCCUCAUUACCUAGAUGGCUUUGAAGUUCUCUAUCGUUCCCUGUUUCCUACCAAUUCAGACUGGAUUGCAAAAAAGGUGACAGUGCCAAGCUUUCAAACGCAUGUUGGCCCAUUACGGAGAGGAUAUAAGUAUGAGUUUAAGGUUCGUCCCUAUGGUGGAAGUUUGUACGGCCGGGAAAGUAACACACAGCUACUCAGAGUCCCAGAGACGGCAGUGCCUGGUGCGGCUCCACUGGCUGUGUCCAUAACAGUUAACCAUGAUCAUAAUAACUCCAUUCACCUGAACUGGGAGCCUCCGCCAUCUGAUAGUCACAAUGGAAUUAUACAAGGUUACCAGGUUUGGUGUGUAGAGUCAUAUGGGCAGCAUUACCAGAACUGGACUGUUGAUAGCAGCCAGCACUGGCUUGAUAUUUUUGCCCUGCAACCGGGAAAUCGCUACUGGCUUACUCUCGCGGCAGUGAAUGGUGCCGGAGUAGGGGUGCCAAGUGACCCUCACGGAUUUGUCAUUAACCCGCAGAUAAGAUUAACAUCUGAGCCAGAAAACCACAGACCGGAUCAGUCUUCCUUGCUUUUGCUGCUCCAGGACCCUGUAUUGAUUGGCAGCAUUGGCGCCCUCCUGUGGUUUUUUUUUAUGGUUGCAGCCGUCUGCCUCCUAAGGCGCCAUAGCAAAAUGGGACGUAAUCGGGCUAAAGGUUUGCGUAGACAAGUCAGUGAAGAUAUAUUCAUUAAUCACAGGAUGACAACUCCAGACUUUCCUUGGAUCUCUGGGAAUUGGAGACCUGCUUAUAAUGAAAAGUACCACGACUUGUGGGCCCAAGGUCACAAACCUUCAGGGGUGAGGAACACAAUUGCAACCAAGAAAGACCUGAGCGGCAUGGACUCAGCUGAUCCAAUAGUGAGUGACAGCUGCAGUGUCUAUGGUACCUUUAAUGUUGACCUCCUGGGAAAUGGGCUGAAGACCUUCAACAGUCCCAAGCGUUACCCCAAAAUGCCUCACGGUGUGCCGCAACAGCAAGGACUUGAGACCAUUCAAAUAUUCACUCAGCCUAAGACCUCGCCUGUCACUAGCAGGGAGAUGUUGCCGUGGAAACAGUGCAUACGGCCUCAGCCCAAAAUGGGUGUUUUGAGAGAGUCAAGGGAGAAGAAUCACAUCAAACAAGAAGUGCAUGCCGUGAAUAGUGUCCCCAUAUUACAAAUCAGGAACCAGACUGCUCCAUAUUUCAACAAACAGCGUUUCAGUCACAUCCCCGCAGAGCUUAACCAGUUUGCUGACUGUCCUCGACCGCUUCAUAAUUCAGCAUCACUACAUUUAAUUGAUGUGCGGCAACCACCACAACUGUUUCAUUUGGAGGGAGCUACAGACAUGCACAGUGAGAGCUCAGAUGAAGGAUCCAGUCGCUCUACAAAGCUAACAAUGGAUCUGGGCUCGCUCCAGUCAGUGGUUGAUAACUCAGGCGACUAUCUACAGCCAGAGUCCAACAUCAGCAAUACAAACUACCCAUUCUACAGCCCCAUAUCUACUGCAUUGUCCAGUAAAUCUUUGGGCGAAGAACAGGAUGGCACACUGACUGCACAAGAAGCCAUUCAAUAUCUGGAGCUUAAUCACAAAGUGGAGAAAUCCAGCAUUGUUUAUAACAGUGAGCUCAUCUCAUCUGCUCACACGGCCCCUGAUGUUACCGCUGAGACCCCACAGAUUGGAUUGUGCCGUGCUCACCUUCAGAGUUCUCCUUCCUCCUGUUACAGUGAGUGGGACAGCUCUAUGUGGAACAUCUGGAGCUCCAUCUCGGAUGGAAACUUUGCAAGUGCCCGCACAAGCCUUAUCAGCUCAGUGGACAGCUGCUACACUAAUGCCAGUUCCAACUUUGCCCACUUUCUGGCGGCGGAGUCGGUCUCUGGAGCUUCUUUGUCAGACUUUUCCCCACCAGCCUCCCCCCUCAGCGCCCUGUAUCCAUCAUUUUGUGCCAAGGGCAACCCAUUCAAAGAGAUGGAAACUGUUCCUGCGUGGGACUGGAGCGUGAACUGGAUAGAGGAAAUGGAGGUUCAGUAUAAAGCCCAGUUUUCUGGCAGAAAUAAUAAACCUUUUAAUGGUUAGGGAAUUCUUCUCCCAGGUUUUGUCAUGACUACAGCACACAGGUGAGCCAUUCCACCAAAACAGGACUACAUUGUCAAAAUGAGACAUGAUAUGAUGCUUUUCAUCUGGUAAAGUUAGUUUUUGAUAGCAAUUUUUGCUAUAUUUUACAUUUAGCGGAGGCAAACCUGAACUCUUACAUAAGUGUCAUACUCUCUGAGCCAAAAUUGCACGUGCAUUCUAACGACAUCAUAUUUGUUUAUCCACAGUAAAGGGGUCUAUCAUAAUCAGAGGUAAAUGAACAGAGGUUGGUAGAGUAGCCAAAAAAUUAUGCUCAAGUAAGAGUACACUGUAAAAAAAAAAAAGACACCCUAUAGAAUUUACUCAAUAAAAUUGAGCGAACAAUUUACACUCAGUUUGAUAGUUUUUCCCAAUUUAGUUUGCUUACCCAAUUUUACGCAAUAAAUAUUACCUAAAUGCGUCAACAAUAAUAUACUCAAAUAAUUUUGGUAAAGUUUACUUAACCUUUUGACACAGAUUAUAUCACUUAAUACCUAUUAAAAUUGAGUAUUAUUUACUCAUAGUUGUAGUGUAUUGUAUGGUAUAUUUUACUGAUUUUUUUUUUUUAAAUAUUAAUUAAAAAAUCAAUUUAAUUAUUACUAUUAAUUAUUACUAAUAGGUUUGUUUUACGCUGUAGUCAUUGUACACCAGAGAAACAUUUGAUUGAUAACUGUUUUUUAUUGACAGUUUGAUCUUGAAACAUUCAACUUAUUGUCUGCUCAACAUAAAUUGCAUGCAAACAUUUUUUCCUCAUUGUAUGAGUUUAAGUACAGUUUUAACUGAACAGUGAACAACACGAGAGAAUCAAAAUUCUUUCAGUUUGAGAUACAAAUAAGGCAAAAAUGCUGUACCAUAGAUGUUUGAACCCCACAUGAGUGUUAUGUUGUAGCAUGUCAAACUACAGUGCAAAAUGCUUUCAAGAAAUUAGUGUACAAAUAAAUAUAAGGAAUAAAUGUACGGAAAAGACUUCUUAGAGCAAGGGUCACCAACUCCAGUCCUCGAGGGCACCUAUCCAGUCUGUUUUUAACGUCUCCCUCCUCCAAAACACCUGAAUCAAAUAAUCAGGAUAAUUAUCAGACUAUUCGAUAGGUUGUUGAUGAGUUUUUCCUUAAUACAUAUUGAUUAAUCCGAGUUGUGGUGACAUGUGCUGCCAUUUAGACAUGGCUCAGCGUCACUCAAUUAUACUGAAGUGCGAAACAUUAGACAAUACUGUACGCCGUAACUGAAAAGUUAUUCAGAAAAUAAGGUCAAUGUUUCAAAUUAAGCCACAUUAUUACCAGCAACUCAUGUUGCUAUGCUCUGAAAACAGCUAGCGUUUAGCUAGCUAACAGGCAUGAAUGUCCAAAGCUACGGAUAAAAUAUAAAAAUAUUUUUACUACAGGGGCUUCUUAAUUUAACACGCAGCAUACCAGGCUCGUUCAUGUUUUUGCAUUGUCAAUUAAAAAAAAAAAAAAAAGUAAGUUUACACUUACCUGUUACUCUACGAUGCCAUCCAAGUUAGUGUCUCGCAUCUAUACAAACUAUUAUUAUACUAUACUAUAACCUAUUUCGUGACCACAUUAGACAAAAAAAAAAAAAAAUAGACCGUAAAUAAUCGAAUGCCAACUAAAAAAAUCUACAGAAAUGAAACAUCACCCGUCUAAAGCACAUGAGUGCCCUCUAGAGGAGAAAACAUUUCCUACUAUGAAGUUACUCUUCUUAUCUCCGGUUUGCUGUGGUCUAUCGGCAAGUAAAAACUGGGAGAGAGGUUGAAAUCCAUGCUUUCGAGUAAUGUUGAUUGAAGUAAUAUGUGUCAUGUACCGUCAUUUUUGGACAAUAUGCCGCUUUUUCCCUCCACUUAACCCUGCGGUUUACAAUCCAGUGCAUUUUAUAUAUGGAUUUUGCAGGCAGAUAAGGUGUACGUCUUCAGUCUGGUUGCUAAAAGUAUGUACAGUGGGGCAAAUAAGUAU